GGGAUUUCCUCCUCAUUCCCACCCGGAGCCAGACCCAGGCUGAAGGGGACCAGGAUUUUCCUCUGGAGGGUCUAGGGUGAUUUGGUGCCCAUCCCGUGGCAUUUGCCAGGGGGAAAGGACGGAGCAAAGGUGGCUGGGGACGAAGAGCCACGGGGGGCUCCACUCCCUGGCCCCUGGACGGGCUUGUGGAACCCCGGAUUUUAUCCAGCUGCGAGGCCAUGGAGGAGCCCAGGGAGGCUGGAACUUUCCUGCGUCAUCUCAUGGGUCUCUCUGGCUCUCACCUGGGGCAGAGCUUGUGACAAGGACGCCCAUGUGUCCCGCAGGGAAGGAGCUCCCAGCGCUGGGAGCCAGAUCGUUCCCCGAGGAAGCUGACACAGGGGAGCUGCCAAAUGAAGCUGGGAGCUGCUGGUGGGUGAGAGACCCCCCAGGCUCUGCAUGGAUGGGAAUGGGGAGACCUGCCCACAGUGGGAGCCCAGGGCAGCUGGAAAACUCUAGCCUCUUCCUCCGAGCUUUCCUGCUCCUUCUCCUCUGCAGGCAUGUCUCUUCCCAGUGCAAGAUCCUACGCUGCAACUCGGAGUAUGUGGCGGCUACGCUGCACCUGCGCGGCCCCAACCGCGGCUCCGCGUUCUGCACCGCGCUCCGCUCCUACUCCCUGUGCACCCGGCGCACUGCCCGCACCUGCCGUGGAGACCUGGCCUUCCACUCUGCUGUGCACGGCAUCGAGGACCUCAUGAUCCAGAACAACUGCUCCAAGGAAGGGCCCACAGCCCUACCAAGGCCCCAGCCCCCGGCCCCCAACCCCCACAGCUUCGAGUCGAUUGACAUCUGUGAUUACGAGCGGAGUUUCCUCUACAAGCAUGGCCGCCCCCCCGGUUUCCAGCACUGUGCUGCCUUUGGGGACCCCCACAUCCGCACCUUCCACAAUGACUUCCACACGUGCCGGGUGGAGGGCUCCUGGCCGCUCUUGGACAAUGACUACCUGUUUGUGCAGGCCACCAGUUCACCGGUGGCCAAAGGGUCCAACGCAACAGUCACCAGCAAGCUGACCAUCAUAUUCAAGAACAUGAAGGAAUGCAUUGACCAGAAGGUCUACCAGGCCGAGCUGGACAACGUCCCGGCAGCCUUCCAGGACGGCUCCGUGAACGGGGGCACGCGUCCAGGUGGGAGCAGCCUGGCAAUCCGGGAGCACAGCCCCGGCCGGCACGUGGAGAUCCGUGCUGACUACAUCGGCACCACCAUCGCCGUGCGCCAGGCUGGCCGCCAGCUGUCCUUCUCCAUCCGUGCUGCCGAGGAGGUGGCCCAGGCCUUCACGGAGGAACAGGACCUGCAGCUGUGCGUGGGCGGCUGCCCCCACAGCCAGCGCAUGUCCCGCAGCCUCCGUGGGCGCGGCCGUGUCCCUGCGGAGACAGCGCGAGCGCUCUGCCGGGAGAUGCUGCCCGUGGAGGAUGUCUACUUCCAGUCGUGUGUCUUCGACGUGGUGACCUCGGGGGAUGCCAACUUUACCAUGGCAGCGCACGGGGCACUGGAGGAUGCCCGGCUGUUCCUGCCUGAUGCCGAGAAGCUCCACAUCUUCCAAGCUGGGGGGGGCUGCCCACUCACCCCUCCAUCAUCUCUCCUCCUCCUCUUCCUCCUCCCCUGUGGACUUUGGGCUAUUUUGUUGCACUUUUAACCCCAGCCUGUUCCAUAGGGAACCUGUGAGAGCUGCUGUCUCCGAGCUGCAGCCAGGAGAGAUUCCUCACCUUGAAGGAAGUGUCUCCAGAGCCACAGGGAAUCAGAGACUCAGGAGAGGGGAGAGAUGAACCCCUGGUUUGCACCCACUGGUCUCACAUGGAUGGUGCAGCUGUUCCCAGCUCCUCUCCUUCAGGUAGAUCCAAAUUUCCAUUCUGAAAUGUUGCUUUUCCCCUAAGGAUGUGACACUGCAGUGCAUCAAAGACAAAUAAACCCCCUGGGCUAGAAACCCCCUCUGUCCCUCAGAGCCUUUCCAUAACUCACUUCUCACCUUUCUCCUGGUGUUAAUCUGGCAGGAUUCCACUCAGGAACCCUACAGAUCCAGAAAUAAUAGACUCAAAGCCAACGCCCAAUUUUUAGCAGAAAAUAAUGGUUUUACAAUGGAUUCACUCCUCCCAAAGCAGAGCAAGGCCACAAAUCAGUUUGGGGAACGAUGUGACCAACAGGGAGACUUUUGAGUAGAAAUCCACCAGUUUUGGCUAUAUGCUCUUCUUCCAAGAUAAAUAACAAGUGGAUCUCCAGCAGUGGGAGCUGUGGAGCUUGAGACCUCCUAUAUCCCAGGCCACUGUUGCUAUUUUUCCUUGUUUUCUUGGCACCUGUUGUGGACUCAAUUUAGCCAGCUCUGGACUUGGGAUCGGUGUCAGGUUUCAGGGAGGACAAAACACCCCUUGGGAAUUCUCUCCCUUGGGCACAGAUUCUCUGUCACUGCACAAAUCAAAAAAUGUCACUUUGUUUCCAAGCAAAACUGGAUUUUUUGCUUGGAAAACAGAAUUCCUGAUGGCAGAGUCAGCCAGGCACAGAGAUGGGCAGGGCACUGCCCUGUGUAAGGUGCAGAACUGCAGAGGGGAUGGAAAAUUUCAUAUAUGUCAGGGGAUUUCAGUAAGGCAGAUGCAGUUCUAGAGGAGAAAUCUUUUCCAUAGGGAAGACUUUCCUUUAUUUUUUAGUAAAGUAUUAAAAACUUGGCCAUCCCUGUCCCAGAGAAUUGCAGGAAGGGCUUGUGGAGAUGGGGGAAACAGAAUUGCAGCCCCUCCAGGCAUGGCGGUUGCGUCAAGGGAAGUUCUACAAUUCACGUUUCAAUACAUCCAUGGGGUUUUCUCUCUCUUUAUUCUUUUGUGCCAAAAGCACAAAGAAUACAUAGGAAAUAAUUUCAUGGGUAUCAUGGCAGAUUCCUCGGAUGGGUGCUUGGAGCACACAGUGAUGAGCAGGAGACCUGCUCCAUGUCUUUCACCCUGCUCCUAGUAAUCCCUGAUGGGUUUUGACAUUAAAGGGGUCUAUUUUUGAGUCCCCAUUUCCUGUCAUCUGUCUCUUCAUGUCGCUGGGCGGCAGUGGCAGAUGAAGAUAAUAAUAUCUCCUUCCUCCCCUGCUCCUUCGACUCCAGAGCUUUGGGUGGAUGAAAUGAAGCAGGAAUGAAGCAAGGAAAGCAGGCUGCUUCCUGAUGUGCUCCACAUGUCCCUUUGGGAGGAAAAUCAUCUGGGGAGGAAUAAAAUCCUCUGUGGAGGGAUAAAAUCCUCCAUGGGCAGAAAAUACUCUGUGGGGAGAACGUUCUCCAUGGCGAUAAAAUCCUCUGUAGGGAUAAAAUCCUCAGGAGCAGCGUUGGUAGUGCUGGAGCUCCUGAUAGAAAUGGGAUGGAUUUGAUGAUGCAGAACCUAAUUGUCCUUUAGUUGUUGGCCAGUAGAGCCAUUCAGCAAGAAUUCCAUGGGGAAAGGAGGGUUCCCAAUGGAAGCAGACUUCCCCUCCUCCUGAACAGCUGAUCAGCUGUUCCUCCUGAACAGCACCACCAGGACUGGGCCUGGUGCCUUCCUUGCCAACCCAUUCUCAGAAGCCACCUCUGAAAUUUAGAGUGCAGCUCCCAAACUGAAAAUGUCCAGGAAUUCUAAAGACAUGCACCUGAUUUGGAGAGCUCUGAUUCCUGGUUUGAGGCUCAGCAGCUCCACCUGACCCAGAAUUACACCAGGAGUGGCCCAACAUGGAGACUUCUGACAAAAGGAUUACAACAUGGAGAAGCUGUUGCUGAUAAAUUAUGGAAUCAUUAAGGUUGGAGAAACCUCUGAGAUCAUUAAUCAUUAACUCUCCCGCAGCACUGCCAAGUGACAACAACUGACCCAUGACCCCAGGUACAACAUCCAGUUGCUUUUGAACACAUCCAGGAUGGUGCCUCCAUCAUUACUCCGUUCCAAUGUCUGACCUCCCUUCCAAUGAACACAAUUUCCCAAAUAUCCAACCUAAACCUUCCCUUGAGGCCUCUUCCCCUGGUCCUGCCCCUUGGGAGACUACCCUGAACCCCCUCAGCUCCAACCACCCAGGCUGGGCACAUGGAUGCUGAACCACACAAAGUGGGUUCCUGUUGGAGCUGGAUGGUUUUUAUCAGCUGGGGAGGGAAAGGGUCGAUCCAAAGUCCGCUGACGUCAAUGGAAACACGCUUGUUGACAUCUACAACCUGGACUGGUGCCGACGUUCUGCUCCUCUAUUCAGGGUGGGAGAAGAGGUCUGUUCUCUGCCUCAGUGCGGCUCUGAGAGACCUCAUGUCUCCUUCGUGCUGAGGAAGGGUAGUGUGGAAUAAUUUGGGAAUAGGCCAGGACCAUCCCAUGCUUGGCACAUUCUCCCCACUUGGCUGAACCUCUGCCUGACUACAGCUCAGGUUUGAACCUCUGCAGGGUGUCCAGAGGAGCUGGUAUCCCUGUGACAGAGUGAGGUGGUGGCCCUGUGACCUGCUGUAACAUCCCAUAUCUGCCCUGACCAGAGCCAGAGCUGCAGCCCCACAGUGAGCUGCUCUGAGUGGGCCAGGUCACCUUGUCCAGGGAGCAUUGGCCUAAGUCCCCUCCUCUAGGGGCAAGACUCUGAGUCACAGGGCCCAUCUGAGGUGGAGACACUCAGAACGCACCUGGGACACCAUCCCUGGAGCUGUUCACAGCCAGGAAAGUUCACAACAGCAAAAGAAUAAAGACAUUUUCCUCUUUCUCAGCAGCCAAGACUGCUCCAAGGCUGUGAGUGAGAGCUGGAAAAUCUGGCCUGGA